AUGGAGGCGCCGCGCACCUCGGCGAAGCAGCAGGUCGUGGACCGCAUUCCCGCGCGCAUCAAGCACAUCCAGUUCGGCAUCUACUCCAACCAGGACAUUGUGAACCAGGCCGUCAUCGAAGUCUCCGACCGCAAUGUCUACGACCUCACCCCUGCCGCGGACAACACGCGCGCGCUCACUGCCAACGGGCCCAUGGACCCGCUCAUGGGCAUCUCAAGCAAGACGGGCGAAUGCGGAACUUGUGGCGAGAAGCUGGACAAGUGCAAUGGCCACUUCGGACACAUCAAGCUGGCGCUGCCGGCAUUCCAUGUGGGGUAUCUGAAGCACAUCAUCGAGGUGCUGAACUGCAUCUGCAAAGACUGUUCGCGGGUGCUGCUGGAUGAGGUAGAGCGACGGAGGUAUUUGCGCAGCAUGCGCCGACCAGACAUGGACACGCUGCGGAGGACGGCAAUCUCGAAGAAGGUGCUGGAGGACUGUCGCAAGAAGAAGACAUGUCCAUACUGCGAUGCGCUGCAGGGAACUGUGCGAAAAGUGCCUGGCCACCCGCUCAAGAUCAUCCACAACCGCUACGAUGCCUUCAAUCGCUCAACCGCCAAGACGAAGAAGCCACCUGCGGGCAAGAUCGAAUUCGACCAGUCUUUUGAGACCGCCAAAGCUGCGAACCCCGACCUGGAUAAGCAUCUCAAGAAAGCUGUAGACGACAUGCACCCGCUGCGGACGCUCAAUCUGUUCAAAAAGAUCUCACCCGAAGACUGUGAAUUAUUAGCUAUGAUCCCCGAGGAUGCGCGCCCCGAGAUGUUGAUCUGGGAGUACAUGCCUGUACCGCCCGUGGCUCUCCGGCCCUCUGUCAUGCAAGAGGGUGGCGCGACCGAGGACGAUGUCACAAACAAGAUCGGAGACAUAUGUCAAAUCAGCAGCAUCAUUCGCGCUGGGCUUGCUCGAGGAUUCCCUUUGCAGAUUCUGAUGGAACAAUGGGAUUUUCUGCAACUGCAGAUUGCCAUGUACAUCAACAGCGACGCGCCUGGACUGAAACAGCAGGGUUUACAAAAGACAAUGCGCGGAUUCUCACAGAGGCUGAAGGGAAAGGGCGGCCGUUUCCGUCAGAAUUUGUCUGGAAAGCGUGUCGACUUUUCUGGCCGUACUGUCAUCGGACCAGAUCCGAACUUGAGCAUUGACGAGGUGGCGGUGCCGCAGCGGGUCGCCAAAAUUCUGACGUACCCCGAGAAAGUCACAAGAUACAAUAUCAAAAAGCUGCAGAAGCUUGUCCUGAAUGGUGCCAACAAGUAUCCCGGUGCCAAUUACAUUCUCAAAGACCUAGGUCCGGAUCAAGACCCGCGCAAGGUAUCCUUGAUUGCGCUCUCGAGACACGACAAGAAAGGCGAUAGACUGCAGGGACCUGCGGCCGCGCUGAGGUUCGGCGAUGUCGUCGAACGCCAUCUCGAGGACGGCGACAUUGUGCUCUUUAAUCGACAACCCUCCCUACACAAGCUCAGUAUUUUGAGUCAUCGAGCCAAGAUCCGUCCAUGGCGAACGUUCCGACUCAACGAGUGCGUCUGUAACCCGUACAAUGCCGAUUUCGAUGGCGACGAGAUGAAUUUGCAUGUUCCUCAGACUGAAGAGGCACGAACAGAAGCCACUGAGCUCAUGGGCGUCAAGUACAAUCUGGCCACACCAAAGAAUGGAACCCCAAUCAUUGCAGCGAUUCAAGAUUUCAUCACUGCUGCUUUUAUCCUGAGCAACAAGAGCAACUUCUACGACCGACGGACAUUCUGUCAGAUUGUCAACUACAUGUUCACAGGAGAGGGUGCCUAUGACCCGGACACGGGCAAAUACCUGCCCAUCGAGAUACCUCCACCAGUCAUCUGGAAGCCACAGGCACUUUGGACAGGGAAACAAGUUUUCAAUUUACUCAUGAGACCCAAUAAGCAGUCCAGGGUCCUUGUCAACCUCGAAGCUGGUUGCAAACAAUAUAAGCCUGUCCAGGGACGCGCUCCCGACCUAGAUGAGAAUGAUGCUUACCUUAUCAUUCGGAACUCGGAAGUUAUGUGCGGUGUUAUGGACAAGUCCACCGUUGGUGACGGUAAGAAGGAAUCUGUCUUCUAUGUCAUGAUGCGAGAUUUCGGGCCCGAGCACGCUGUGCAGGGCAUGAAUCGACUUGCAAGGCUCUCUGCGCGCUGGCUGACCAACAACGGUUUCUCGCUCGGCAUCAGCGAUGUCACGCCUGGAGAAGUUUUGAACCAGAAGAAGCAGGCUUUAGUUGAGGAGGCAUACGCGAAAUGUGACAAGCUCAUCAAGGAUUUCAAAGAGGGUAAACUUCAACGCGCCGCAGGGUGUGACGAAGAACAGACCAUGGAAGUUCAAAUUGGUGGUAUCCUUUCUGGUGUUCGUCAGGCGGCCGGUGACAUCUGUUUCGAAGAGCUCAGCAGAUGGAACUCGCCACUCCUGAUGGCCAAGUGCGGGUCUAAAGGUUCCAACAUCAAUGUUUCUCAGAUGGUAGCCUCCGUCGGACAGCAGAUGAUUGGUGGCGCGCGUGUCGCCGAUGGCUUCCACCAUAGAACCCUUCCUCAUUUUCCGAAAGCGGCUCGUCAACCAGCUGCCAAGGGUUUCGUCAGCAACAGUUUCUACUCCGGUCUUACUCCAUCCGAGUUCAUCUUUCACGCCAUGAGUGGUCGUGAGGGUCUGGUCGAUACAGCAGUCAAGACGGCUGAAACUGGUUACAUGAGUCGACGUCUUAUGAAGUCACUGGAAGAUCUUUCUGCACAAUACGACGACACCGUGCGCAACUCAUCAGGAACCGUUGUUCAAUUUCAGUAUGGAGACGAUAACCUAGACCCUGUUGACAUGGAGGGUAGAGCGCAGCCCGUGGCUUUCGACCGCACUUUCUCGCACGCCAUCACUUCGACUUGGGACAAUAGCGAACCCAGUCUUACCCCUGAAGCAGUCCGUGCACACACUUUAGCAAAACUCAAUACCGAGCGAAACAAAUACCCUCGCUUUAAACUGGACGGGAUCACGCCACUCGAGUACAACGACAAGAGCGACAGUAGUAUCGACCAGAAAGAAUCGUUGCGAGACUUUUUGGACACAGUGCAGACUUACAUCUCUGGUAAGGCACAGAAGCUAGAGACCACGCUGGUGCACCUCGGCGUCAGUCUAGAGGACUGCAGCACAAAGAGAUCGGAAGCGGAUAGGGAAAAGUACACUCUCGCAGAUGGCAUUGCCAAGAUCUCACAGACUGCGCUGGACACGUUCAUCGAUCUGUGUCUGACAAAGUAUCAUCGCUCGCGUGUGCAGCCAGGUCACGCAGUCGGAGCUAUCGGUGCACAGUCCAUUGGUGAGCCUGGCACACAGAUGACACUGAAGACUUUCCAUUUUGCUGGUGUCGCUGGUAUGUCAAUUACCCAAGGUGUACCUCGUAUCAAGGAAAUCAUCAACGCAUCUUCUACCAUCUCAACGCCUGUCAUUACUUGCGUCCUUUCGAACAAAAUCAGCGAAAGCGCCGCUCGAAUCGUCAAGGCGCGCGUUGAGAAGACAUACCUCCGCGAUAUCAUCAAUUAUGUCGAAGAUGUCUGGCAUCCGACCGGCGCUUACGUCGCUAUGCGUAUCGACUGGGACACCGUGAACGCUCUGUUCGUCGAUAUCACCCCACACGAGAUUGUUAAUGCCAUCAACAAACACAAGCCUCUCAAAUGGGGUAAAGCUGGCACCAAAGUACGCAUCUCAUCAUCUUUGAUCCGCGUCGAAAUCGCCGACCCAUCUGCUUCUAAGAAGCGUCCCGCCGCCAAAGCCAGCAAGAACCACAAGGAGUAUUUCGAACGUGUCCAACAAGUCAAAAAUCUGAUACCCCAUGUCGUGAUAAAGGGUUACGAUGGCUGCACUCGCGCUAUCAUCAAGAAAGAGACUACGCCUAACAAAAACGGCGACUAUGAAUGUGAAUUACUUGUCGAGGGAUACGGACUAAAGGACUGUUUGACAACGCCAGGUAUUGAGCCCUAUAAGACCAUGAGCAAUCACGUUAUGGAAGUUCGCACAGUUCUCGGCAUUGAAGCUGCCCGCGCGACCAUCAUGCGCGAAAUUAGUGCUGUCAUGGGAAACAUGGACAUUGAUCCGCGUCAUAUGGCGUUGCUUGCCGAUGUUAUGACGUUCAAGGGUGACGUUUACGGCAUCACGCGGUUCGGUCUGCAAAAGACGCGCGACUCGGUGCUGCAGCUGGCGUCUUUCGAGAAGACGCCUGACCAUCUAUUCGAGGCGGCGGCGAGAGGCAAGACGGAUACGAUUGAUGGUGUGAGCGAGAGUAUCAUCAUGGGACAGAGCAUGAAGCUGGGUACUGGAGCACUGCAAGUGGUCAGGCCAUUGAAGCUGGGUGAGGAAGACCUAGCAAAGAAGAGGACCAUGUUCGAGGAGGGAUGGGAUGCGUUGUAA